CAAAGGGCCUCUCCUUCCCCAAUCCCCACACCACGCGUGCGGCGUGCCCAGCUCGAGCCCAGCCGGCCCCGCCUCCCGUUCUCUCCAGCGCCGCCGCCGCCUCUGCGCGCCCGAAGGAGCACCGCCACAGCCGAUCCGCUCUCCUCCGCGCCUCAUCCGGCCGUUUCUGGCGGCUCUUGGGCCUCCCUCGCCCUCCCUGACGGCCCCGAGCUCGCGCUCCAUCUCCGCCCAAGCUCGCGCCGUCUCCGCGCCUCGAGCUCGUCGUCCUCGCUUCCGUGGUCACCGCUGGGAAGCAUGAGGAGGAGGCCUGGGAUCGCUGGCUUGCAGAAUGCGGCGGCUACUCGCGACCAAUUCCGGCUGGUCGGGGAGAAUGUGGCCAAGGUGAGGACCGAUGUCAUGAAGGAGCAGCUUGCGACGUUCCGGUCACAGCUCGAGGAAUUUGCUCGCAAGCAUAAGAGUGACAUCCGUAAAAACCCAGUAUUUAGACAGCAGUUCCAUGAGAUGUGCGCAAAAGUUGGAGUAGAUCCACUGGCAUCUAAUAAAGGAGUCUGGGCAGAACUUCUAGGGAUUGGUGACUUCUACUAUGAACUUGGAGUUCAGAUAGUUGACAUAUGCAUUGCAACCAGAUCGCAUAAUGGUGGCCUGAUUGAUUUAUUGGAUCUCCGCAAACUGCUUGGUCAGAAGAGAAAAGCUACCCUUGAAUCAUUAUCUGAAGACGACUGUUUACGUGCUAUAAGCAAGCUAAAAGUCCUUGGCAGUGGUUUUGAAGUAAUUUCUGUUGGGAGGAGGAAGCUUGUGCGUUCAGUUCCUACCGAAUUAAAUAAAGACCACAGUGGGAUACUUGGGCUAGCUCAGGCUGAGGGCUAUGUCACGGUAGAACAAGUCGAAAGGGAAUUCUCAUGGUCUACUGGGCGUGCAAUUGAUGCCCUUGAAACUUUGCUGAAGGAGGGGCUUGCUAUGAUCGACGAUGGCCAUAGGGACGGCAAGCGAAGAUAUUGGUUCCCAUGCGUCACUGUCAGCUCCGACACAGCAGCUGUUGAAAAGUGAAGAAUGACUUCUUCUCCUCCUUUUUUUUUGUUGCCUCUGGCACUUGCAAUGUUGUGUGUAAAUGUUUGGUAUGGCAAUACACCUGUAUGUAUGAAUUCAGCUGUAACAUCACACUUUGAAUAUGAAAUGGUUACAGGAUUCUUAUUCAGAA